AUGUUGAUCUUGGUUACGGAGACACCGGUAUGGGCUACGGUGGAACCCGCGCUUUCUCCCGAGUGCCGGCAGUUUCUGCACAAGGGCACAUUGCCGAUCGGCCUAGAGGACCGCUCCCUGGCGAUCAUCUGCCAACGCUACAAUAGCAAGCCUCGUUAUGUAACCCUGUAUGACACCACCAGUCACGUUCCCGUUUACUCGGCUUACACCUUCAAGCGUUCGGACGGAGAGAAGAGGGUUGACGUCCCCUGGAUGUAUGAGCCACAGCUGUCCACCACAUCGGACACUGGGGAAAUGCAGCAGUUUCCACGUGGCUACAUGCACCAGAACUUCGAGGAUGCUCAGGCGGUGCUGGAGGACUAUUCCAACGCUGUGCUAUACGAGCGCAGCCAGCUGAAUCCAGACGAGCACCAAGACGAACCCGACGACAAAGCAGCCACCUACGCCCUGACCAACGUGGUGCCCCUGAUCCGGGAAUUCAGCACAGGCCCCUGGAAGAGCCAAGAGCACGUGAUACGCCGUCGACUCAACAACUACUGCCGUGGCGCGGCGUACGUAGUGACCGGUAUCACGACGUCGGGCAACAUGAUCCGCCGACAUAACAUCGACCGCGUGGCCGUUCCGACCUACGUGUGGUCUGCGUAUUGCUGCAUCAACUACGACCACAACGCUCCAUACAGCGAGCGUUACAAGUUCCCUGCCUUUGCCCACUAUGCUUUAAACGAGAAGGAAAACAACCAGAUCAUGGAGCUGUCAGUCAAAAAACUCGAGGAGUUCCUCAAGAAGUCGACCUUUGCCGAUAAGAACUUUCAGAUUUUUGUAGACGAUUGCGUGCCCCCGGGGUCGGCUUUAUCUUAG